CUUGCGGGAAUGUUUGAUCUCACUGGGUGCUGAAUGAGUGCCUUUUGUUAGUCGUGAAGUGGACAGAGCGCGGUCGAGCAAAACUGAGUGGAAAAUAGGAGUUUUUGAAAUCUUAUAUUUCACUGCUCCCUGCCUAGAAUAUUUAGAGGGAUUAACGGGGCGGUUCGAUAUUUAACAAAUUUAAACCAAAAAAAUUGAAAUGUGUUUUAAGUUGAUAUCUAAAGGGAGGUCAGGGUGGCCGGUUGGUUUGUUGAGCCGGUUCCCGGGUAGCUGUGGAAAGUUUGUUGGUUGUGUGUUGACAGCUUGUCCCUCUCCAGUGUGUUGGAGUGGCAGACCACCCACAGCGUGAGCUGGGAUAGUCUCUCAGCCCGGCGCCAUUGCACACACCACCACCAGCAUCACCAUCGCUGCUGCUUUGUGCAGCGUAGGAUUUUGGGAGGGGGAGCGAGCAAGAGGGAGGAAGGAAAAAGCCUUAGAGAAGACAUGAACAAACCUGGAAACGGAUAAAUGAAUUGAGUCCGUACAGAAGCAUUCAAGCAUGCCAUCGCCUCACUGUUCCACAGCUUCACAAUGAACUAUAACACCAGUGCCAAUAGAAGUGUGGGACACAGCACUUCACAAGAAGAUGGUGGAGUCAUAAUUGCAGAAUCAGUUGCUAUCAUUGUCAUUGCUGUGUUGAUCUGUUUGGGAAACCUGGUGAUUGUCAUAACUCUUUACAAGAAAUCUUACCUCUUGACACCAAGCAAUAAGUUUGUCUUCAGUCUGACACUUUCAAAUUUUCUGCUAUCUAUUCUGGUGCUUCCUUUUGUUAUCGCAAGCUCCAUCAAGCGAGAAUGGAUGUUUGGGGUGGUGUGGUGCAACUUCACAGCCCUGCUGUACAUGCUUAUCAGCUCCGCCAGUAUGAUGACACUGGGAGUCAUUGCAAUAGAUCGGUACUAUGCUGUUGUUUACCCAAUGGUAUAUCCUAUGAAAAUAACUGGGAACCGUGCUGUUGUUGUGAUUGCGUAUGUGUGGCUGCACUCAUUGAUUGGAUGUCUUCCUCCUCUCUUUGGCUGGUCCACAUUUGAGUUUGACCAUUUCAAGUGGAUCUGUUUGGCUGCAUGGGACAAAGAGUUAGGAUAUACUGCCUUUUGGCUGAUUUGGUGUGCAUUAUUGCCAUUUUUAGCAAUGGUUAUUUGCUAUGGUUUUAUAUUCCGUGUGGCUAGGCUUAAAGCCCGUAAAAUCCACUGUGGAACGAUUAUAGUUGUGCAGGAAGAAUCCAAAAAGGAUGAGCGAAAAAAUUCCAACUCAUCUACCUCUUCAUCAGGGAGCAGAAGGAAUACUGUUAAUAACAUUGUUUAUUCAGCCAAUCAAUGCAAAGCCCUGACAACAAUCCUGAUUGUGAUUGGUGCUUUUGUUGUCACAUGGGGCCCCUAUAUGGUAGUGAUUAGUACUGAAGCACUUCAUGGAAAAGGUAGUGUCUCUCCAGGAGUGGAGACGCUUGUAAUAUGGCUAUCCUUUACUAGUGCAAUUUGUCAUCCACUUAUCUAUGGAGUAUGGAAUAAAACAGUUCGCAGAGAGCUUCUGGGGAUGUGCUUUGGUGACAGAUACUACAGGGAUUCAUUUAUUCAACGUCAGAGGACUUCCAGGUUAUUCAGCAUCUCCAAUCGCAUCACAGAUUUGGGGUUGUCUCCUCAUCUCGCAGCCAUGAUGGCUGGUGGACAGUCUCUAGGACAGAGCAGUAGUACUGGGGAUACAGGAUUUAGCUUUUCUCAGGAUUCAGGUACUGAUGUCAUGCUAUUGGAAGAUUUCAAUUCAGAGGGCACUCAUUAUUCGCACCACAACUAUUGUUCCAGUCGAAGGCGGAGUUCUGUGACAAUAGAUGAACUUCCAGAACCAAAAGAGGAAGCUGAUCGCUCUUCAGUCCUGCAAAUCAAAGCAGAUGUUCAUAAAACGCUGGAUAAUUUUGCUGCCAGUUUGGCCAAAGCUAUUGAGACAGAUGCCAAAAUGAGCCUUUUUGGAGAGAGUGGUUUACCUGGAGAUUUGUUUACUAUUAUUAAAGCUGUACCUGGAGGUACCAGUAAAGGAAACAAAGUCUCUGCAGGGCAGAGAUUACGGCUGGAGAGUAUUGAUGAAGGAAUUGUUCAUGACGGCACAGAGCAAGAUAGUGCUUGAGAGGUUUGAAACACUUGCAAUAUAGAAAGGACACAACCUUAAGCCUCAGCCAUCUGACGUGGUGAAAUAAAUGUUAAGUGGCUGUUACUAUGCUUUCACUUACUGUAUAAUUAUUCCAAUAUUCUAAAGUGUGAUUGGAGAGGAACUUAAGUAAGUAGAAAGAAAAUUUGAAGGAAGCCAAAGAAACAAGUUUACAGAUUUGACAUCCAUGUA